AGUGGCGGGGGGAGGGAGAGAGAAGGGAAGUUUCCAAACUUGUCUCCAGUGACAGGAGACAUUUAUGCUCUGCAAGAUAAAACUGCCACUUAGAGCCCAGGAGCGCUAAACCUUCCUGGGCUGGCCUUGGGGCUCGAGCAGAGCUAUGGGUUUCCUGGCCCUACAGCUGUGCGCGCUCUCCUGCCUGGUGGCUGCCUGGGUUUCUGGCAGCCCCAUCAUGAGCCUGGAGCAGUCGCCUCUGGAAGAAGAUAUGCCACUCUUUGACGAUGUCUUCUCAGAGCAAGAUGGUGUCGACUUCAACAGCCUGCUCCAGAGCAUGAAGAACGAGUUUCUCAAGACAUUGAACCUGUCUGACAUCCCGAUGCAGGACUCAGCCAAGGUCGACCCCCCCGAGUACAUGCUGGAACUCUACAACAAAUUUGCCACAGAUCGGACCUCCAUGCCCUCUGCCAACAUCAUUAGGAGUUUCAAGAAUGAAGAUCUGUAUUCCCAACCUGUCAGUUUUAAUGGGCUCCGAAAAUACCCUCUCCUCUUCAAUGUGUCCAUCCCUCACCAUGAAGAGGUCACCAUGGCUGAACUCAGGUUGUACACCCUGGUGCAAAGAGAUCGCCUGAUGUAUGAAGGCGUGGACCGGAAGAUUACCAUUUUUGAAGUACUCGAGAGCCAAGGGGACCAUGAGGGUGAAAGAAGCCUGCUGGUCUUGGUGUCAGGGGAGAUCUAUGGAACCAACAGUGAGUGGGAGACUUUUGAUGUCACCGAUGCCAUCAGGCGUUGGCAAAAGUCAGGGUCAUCCACCCACCAGCUGGAGGUGCACAUCGAGAGCAGGCAGGGAAUGGAGGACGCUGGCAGGGGACAACUGGAAAUAGACAUCAGUGCCCGGAAUAAGCAUGUCCCUUUGCUUGUUGUGUUUUCCGAUGAUCAAAGCAGUGAGAAGGAGCGGAAGGAGGAACUGAGUGAAAUGAUCGCCCAUGAGCAAUUUCCAGAACUGGACAACCUGGGUCUGGGUGGUUAUUCCAGUGGACCUGGGGAAGAGGCUUUGCUACAGAUGAGGUCAAACAUCAUCUAUGACUCCACAGCCCGUAUCAGAAGGAAUGCAAAGGGCAACUACUGCAAGAGGACCCCGCUCUACAUCGACUUCAAGGAGAUUGGCUGGGACUCUUGGAUCAUCGCCCCACCCGGCUACGAAGCCUAUGAAUGCCGUGGUGUUUGCAACUACCCCCUGGCAGAACAUCUCACCCCCACGAAGCAUGCGAUUAUCCAGGCCUUGGUCCACCUCAAGAAUUCCCAGAAGGCUUCCAAAGCCUGCUGCGUGCCCACCAAGCUGGAGCCCAUCUCCAUCCUCUACUUAGACAAAGGUGUCGUCACCUACAAGUUUAAAUACGAAGGCAUGGCCGUCUCUGAAUGUGGCUGUAGAUAGAAGAGGAAUCCUUUGGCUUAUUUAAUAACUGUAAAUGUGUAUAUUUUGUGCUCCUAUUUAAUGAGAUUAUUUAAUAAGAGUGUACAGAUCAUAGAGGCUUGCUGCCUUAGGGAACGUGACAGGAAGGUUUGUCAUAGGAAAUGCAUACUCUACAGUCUAGUCCCUUCCAAUCUGUUUCUCUCUGGACUUGCCAUUUCCUGGCAAUGCCAUCUCCAACAGCAAGCCCACACUCCUUGCCCUCUAUGUCAUCUUGAAAGCAACACCCCUAAACAGAAAUACAGUGUCGAGAGGUAGAUAUUUCUGGAUGUAUUUGUGUACAUAGAUCAACUCAUAACACCCUUUUGGUUCCAUAGGGGCAGAGUUCACGCACACAUGAAUGACCCAGUCAAAUGCGUCUGUGUUGAAACCCACUGGUACGUUCCCAGUCACCUCUUCUCUGAGUAGGAUUUACAUCAAGAUCAAUUGCCCCCGGAAUUUAACCAUCCUAGGAUGUAUUGCAUUUCCCAGGUACUAUUGGAAAUGUAGAUGUAGCCUUUGUCAGUUGAGUUUCUGCCAUUAUUCAGAGCAGCAGGGCCUGGUAAAGGAGGUGGCAUGGUUCGGGAAGGGCUUCUUGGAUACAGAAACCAAAUGGCCUCAAGAGGCAGUUGCCUCAAGGGACAACAGCAAAGAGUGAGCCCAGGCGGGAGCAAGGUGCUCUAGAGGGCAGUGCCUGGUCAAGAAAGGAAACCAGAGGGGACUUUAGGCUGACAUUGGUUCCCGAGGCAAUAGAAAGCAAGGCCAUGUGGGUGGGCCUUUAUGGCUGCAGAGGGUAACGGAGGGUGGGAAGGGGCAGAGGAUAGAGAUGCUAACCUAGGAUGUGUUUAUAAAAUUCUAAGCAGUUCUAACUGGAGAGUUAAAUAUUUUGGACACAAUAAAAUUAUCACAGCCCAAGAGGAGGAAAACCAGAA